GAGUCGAAACAUCACUGACAAAUUAUUCCUUAACGUUUUUCUUUGACAGCUUCAGUUUCCCACAGACUCUUGCGCACGUUGUAGAUGGGCAAAAUAUUAAAAAGUCAUCCACUGCAAAUAUUUUUAAAUGUUAUAAAUUUCAACAAUAAUUCAAUAUAACAGAGCAAAUAAAUAUGACAGAUAAUUUCAGUAGUAUCGAUGAUGAAUUAAAGGCAGUAGAAAAACUUAUAGCAGAUCAGAGAAUCAAAAGAAUCAAGAAAAAAUCCAAUAAAAGACACUUAAUUUCACCUUAUAAAUAUUUAAUUGUAGUUGAUUUUGAAGCAACCUGCUUUGAGAAGCCCCACAGUCGUAAAAUACAAGAGAUUAUUGAAUUUCCAGCAGUUUUAUUUAAUCUCGAGAGUGGACUUGUUGAAGCAGAAUUCCACAAGUACCUGAAGCCGGUUGAAGAUCCUGUUUUGAGUGAUUAUUGUACAAAUUUGACAGGAAUUACUCAAGAAACUGUUGAUGAAGGUUCGUCAUUAGCAGAUGUAUUAGAAGAUUUUAAAGUUUGGCUGAAGAAGGUUUUGAAAGAAAAGAAUCUCAUUUUACCGAAAACAAAGAAAUCAAAUUUGGAGGGAAAUUGCGCCUUAGUCACGUGGGGAAAUUGGGAUUUUAAUAUUCAACUUAAAUAUGAGUGUAAUCGAAAAAAGAUUCGUCGUCCACCUUUCUUCAAUCAAUGGAUUGAUUUGAAAGAAAUUUAUUCAGAAAAAGGAACUUUCAAAGAUUCAUUUUCAUUUGCCGAUGCUCUCGCUCAAUCGGGAAUAACAUUUGUAGGACGUCCUCAUAAUGGAUUAGAUGAUGCACGAAACACUGCCAUGCUUGCUUAUAAAAUGCACAAAGAAGGAAGCUUUCUACGUCUAACAAAAGAUCUCAAUCUCCAUGAAUUAAAUCGAUCAUUCUGAUUUCUUAAUGAAAAAUUUUAGAUUCGUUCUGAUGCCUUUUUUUAAUUUUGUUUAAAAUGUUUAAAAUAAUGAUAAAAAAAUCUUUAAUGGGUAGUUCAAUAAAUAAAUCAUAGCAAUAAUUAAUGUUGAUACUUUUAUGAUUUAUUCCUUCAAACCUAUAACAUUAUUUUAUUAAAAUGUCUUAAAAUAGCA